AUGCGCCGCCACGCUGCGGCUGCCCUGGCAGCUCUGGCCCUGGCGCUCCUUCUGAGCGUCGCAACCGCCCAGCCCUGCAUUGAGUGCAAGGACUGCCGGACCAACAACUGCUGGCAGAACUGCCGCCCCAGCUGCCCCAGGGCGCCAGUCAUCAACCCCAACCAAGUCAUUGUGUCUGGCGACCGCUGCAAGCGCGCCGGCGAGCAGUCGGGCCCCAAUGCAGCCAGGAGCGCCUGCGAGACGACGCGCCGCUAUUGCAACGGCGGGCGCCAGACGGCUUUCGCCGCGCCUCGCAGGGUCGGCCUCACCACACUUUCCCAGUGCGCCAACAUUGCCCUGGGCGCCUGCCAGCAGACCGCCAAUAACGACCGCGCCCAGUGGCACCCCUGUGGCCGCGAGCUGCAGCGCGGCCUGAACCAGUGCAGUGCGCAGCAGUUCAGGCAGUUCUUUGAGGGGGAGACGCGCGACCUGUGCACCGACUCAUCCCGCAGCAUCACGGGCGUGGAGCCCGGCACCAACCAGUGGGCCCGCCCGCCUGUCUUUGGCUAG